UCAAAUUUUAGUAGUAGGUAAAUAAAAUUUUAUGUCACAAAGGUUUUUUAAACCAAUUAACUUACUCCAUUAAAACAUAAAAAUUAAAGUAAAAAUAAAAUGUUUUUGGUAGCAAUAACCGGAGGAAUAGCAACUGGCAAGAGUACAGUAACUGAUGUUUUUCGAAAAAAUGGAAUUCCUAUCAUCGAUGCUGAUAAAAUUGCACGAGAAAUUGUUGAACCAGGAAAACCCGCCUGGCAUCAAAUCAAAGAAGCCUUUGGCGAUGAAGUCUUUUUGCCAACACGUGAAAUAGAUCGUGAUGCUUUGGGCAAAGCUAUAUUCAAUAGCAGUGAGAAAAGAGGUUUACUAAAUCAAAUAACUCACCCUCGCAUCCAUAGAACUAUUACAAUGGAAGUAUUCAAGCAUCUUAUGUCCGGUGCUCAAUAUGUUGCUCUUGAUUUGCCAUUACUAUUCGAGACUAAUAUUCUGAUGGAUUUUAUACACAAAAUAAUAACAGUAACUUGCGAGCCCGAUCAACAACUCGAACGUCUUAAAAAGCGAAAUAACUUUAAUGAAGAAGACGCACGCAAACGUAUCGCCACACAAAUGCCAUUGGAUACAAAAUGUGAAAAAUCUCAUUUCGUUAUUGAUAAUUCGGGAAGCAUUGAACAAACCCAAAAAGAGGCUCAACAAAUUGUACAGCUUUUAAAUGGCAGUCGACAUCACUGGCGCAUUCGAGCAUACAUAGUUGGAGCAUUCCUAGCUGUUGUUUGUUUUGUUUUAUGGCUGAACCAAUUUUUCCAUUUUCUUCCAUUCGAUUUAUUUUAAGUCAUUAAUUUUAUUUUGUUCUUGAUGCGCGAUUGCUAUACUUGCUAUAAUAAAUUUCCAUUAAUUGUAUUUUAUGUCAUCUAAGCAAAAACAUAGAUAUUAAAAAUAAAACAAUAGUGUUUGU